GCGGGAAAAUGCCGAAAAGAUUGGGAUCCUCAGGAUAAAUCGCGCGGUGAAAUUCCAGUGGGCGUCUUCUACCACUCGAUAUUUUUAUUGUAUCUCCAAAAAACUGAGAGAAUAUCAAAAUGUCGAGUCCUAUGAAACCACCAGCAACACCAGGAGUUCCAGAUGAUGAUCACGUGUCAAAUAAUGGAACUCCAAGAAGACAACCAAGAACUCCGUCAUCGAAAACACCUCAAGGCUCAGCUGCCAGAGAAACACCCAGCAAGCAAGGUCUACAAAAAGCCUCAGCAUCCUCGCUGAUAACAACACCUCAAAGACGUCAUGGAAGUCAACGAGUCACUCAAGAAACAGUUGCAGCUUCUUCAGAGGGUCCUGGCUCGGUCCCUGCAAGCUCGCCAAAUCGAAUUCUCCAGACAAGUCCCAUAGUUGGCAUGAGCGAUGUGGAUUUAUCAUCACCACUCAAUUAUGGAACACCAAGUUCCCUGGGAUCCAUCAGAACACCGAGGAGUGGAAUUCGAGGGACUCCAGUUAGACAAAGGCCUGAUAUCAGAACUGAUAAGAGAAUUCGUCAAGUGAAUGUAACGGAACCGAUUUCAGAAGAAGUGAAUGGAGCAAAAACAUCUGAAAGUGAAUCUGCAGGACCUCAACUCGUUAUCUGGGGUACAAAUGUCGUAGUGAAUCGUUGCAAGGAGCAGUUCAAGCGUUUCAUCGAGCGAUUUAUCGAUCGUGAUCCUGAGAACGAUGAAUUAACUGAUGAUUUGAACAGUGAAGAGCCUCUGUACCUCCAAAAGCUCGAGGAAAUUCACACGCUGGAGGAGCCAUACCUGAACAUCAACUGCGCUCACCUGGAGAGCUUCGACGAACAGUUCUACCAGCAGUUAAUUUGCUAUCCCCAAGAGGUAAUUCCCACAAUGGAUAUGGCAGCGAAUGAAAUGUUCUUUGAGAAAUUUCCAGCUGCUGUAUUGGAGCAUCAGAUUCAAGUGAGGCCAUUCAACGUAGCAAAAACGAAGAACAUGAGAAUGUUGAAUCCCGAGGACAUCGAUCAACUGAUAACCAUAUCAGGAAUGGUGAUAAGAACAUCCAACGUUAUGCCAGAAAUGCGAGAGGCUUUUUUCAGGUGCAUUGUCUGCGCUUUCUCGACGAUGGUGGAAGUUGACAGAGGGAGAAUUUCCGAGCCGACAGUCUGCACUCACUGCAACAAUAAUUACUGCUUCAGUCUCAUUCAUAAUCGCAGCCACUUUUCGGACAAACAAAUGAUUAAGCUGCAAGAAUCACCAGAUGAUAUGGCUGCUGGUCAGACCCCUCAUACUGUCCUCUGCUUUGCCCAUAACGAUCUCGUGGAUGCUGUGUCACCUGGUGAUCGUGUCGCCGUUACUGGAAUUUACCGAGCCAUGCCAAUUCAACUCAAUCCCAGAAUGUCGAAUGUUCGUGCUGUUUACAAGACGCACAUCGAUGUCGUUCACUUCAGAAAGCAGGAUUCGCAGAGAUUGCACGAGCAGCAGGAAGGGAAAGAUCAUAUUUUCCCUGAAGAGAGAUUGAAACUCCUGAAGGAGCUGUCGUUGAAAGAAGACGUGUACGAGCGUUUGGCUCGUUGCAUUGCGCCAAGUAUCUACGAGAAUGAGGACAUAAAGAAAGGAAUUCUUCUUCAGUUGUUCGGUGGAACUAAAAAAACUCACGUGACAUCGGGAAGAACUCAUUUUCGUUCGGAAUUAAAUAUUCUUCUGUGUGGAGAUCCUGGUACCAGUAAAUCCCAAUUACUCCAGUUUGUUUUCAAUUUAGUUCCACGUUCUCAGUACAGCAGUGGAAAAGGAUCCAGUGCAGUUGGUCUGACAGCUUACGUAACAAAAGAUCCAGAGACACGUCAGCUAGUUCUCCAGACUGGAGCACUGGUUCUGGCUGACAACGGAAUCUGCUGCAUCGAUGAAUUCGACAAGAUGAAUGACAGCACACGUUCAGUUCUGCACGAAGUAAUGGAGCAGCAGACACUGAGUAUCGCAAAAGCCGGGAUAAUCUGUCAAUUGAAUGCUCGAACAAGUAUUUUGGCAGCUGCCAAUCCCGAUGAAUCCCAGUGGAAUAAAAAUAAAACAGUUGUCGAGAAUGUCAAGCUGCCACACACAUUGAUGUCUCGAUUUGAUUUGAUAUUCCUGAUGCUGGAUCCCCAGAGUGAACAAUUCGAUCGGAAAUUGGCGAAGCAUCUGGUGUCUCUGUACUUGACUGAUGAAGAAGAACCUGAGGAUGAUAUUUUUGAUUUAGGCAUUUUACGGGAUUAUAUUGCAUUUGCGAAGGAACAUAUUCAUCCGACGUUGAGCGAAGAGUCUCAGCAGAGACUGGUUCAGGCGUACGUGGACAUGAGAAGAGUUGGAAGUGGACGAGGACAAAUCACCGCGUACCCCAGACAAUUGGAAUCACUCAUCCGAUUGUCAGAGGCUCAUGCUAAAGUUCGUUUCAGUCAAGUCGUAGAGGUUGUCGAUGUGGAGGAAGCAUGGAGAUUGCACCGUGAGGCCUUGAAGCAAUCAGCCAUCGAUCCGUUGAGUGGAAAAAUUGAUGUGAGUAUUCUCACCACUGGAAUAUCAGCAGCUUCAAGGAAACGCCAGAAUGACGUGACCACUGCCUUGAGAAAAUUAAUUGAAGCCAAAGGAAAAGUUGCUUCCCUCAACUAUCAAAAGAUCUUGAACGAACUGAAGGAGAGCAUGCAGAUAUUGGUAACGCGAGACAUGUUCGAGGAUUCCCUGAAAGGACUACAGGAUACUGGUGUCAUUAUGCUCGUUGGAAGGAAUACUAUUCGUGUUUGCUGAGCAGAUAUAAUCCAAGAUCACAGAUCAAUCGUAUGUAAAACCUAAAAACACAAAAAAUUAUUUUAAAUCACGUAAAAUUCCUUCAAAUGUUGCAUUUUUUACUA